AUGGAUGACUGUGAUAUAGAAGACGCGUUGUUCUCUGACAUUUCAGAACUUAGUGAACUUCAAUACUCUGGAAGUGAGUAUGUUCCAUCGGAUUCUGUGACUAGUGAAUCAGAAGAUGAAGUUACGGAGGACGAAGAUGAAACGAUAAAUACAACUGCACUAUUGUCCUCUGUAAGUAAUUGUGUAAACACUGUAAAUAGUUUAGGUGCCAGUAUUCAAAACUAUGGUCAGGCUAAUGAUAACCGACCUGGACCAUCACAUACUAUAUCUCCUGCAUCUAAUGAAUCUACUGUGGAUAAUGCAAAUGAUGUAGGUAUUCAAAACAAUGGCAGGCCUAAUACCAACGAACCUGAACCAUCACGUUCUACAUCUCCUGCAGUUGAUGAAGCUACUGGUAGUGAUAACUGGAGUGACUGUACAUUAACUGAGAGGGAUUUCCCUUUCACUGGAGAAGAGGGUUUGAUGUAUGACUUUGAUAGAAGUGAUCCCAUGACAGUUUACAGGCAGUUUUUUACUGAUGAGGUUUUACAGUUAAUAGUAACUGAAACCAACAGGAACGCUCGUAAUUACUUAUCAAGUCAUGAGGUAAGAAGACGAUCUCUAAUGAGAAACUGGUUAGACUGUGACGAGAUAGAAAUUAUGAAGUUUUUUGGAAUCAUUUUGAUAAUGGGAAUAUGCCCUCUUCCACAACUCAGACUGUAUUGGUCCAAGAAUAAACUUUUUGAAAAUGAAGUAAUUAAAAAAACCAUGAAAAGGGACCGUUUUGAGGCAAUUCUCAAAUGCCUCCAUUUUUCUAACAAUGAGGAAGUAGCAGAAACAGAGCCAAGGCUUGCCAAAAUUAAGAAAAUUGUUGAUAUGCUGAACAAAAAUUUUCAAUCAGUUAUGAAGCCAGGAGAAAACAUCGUCAUCGACGAAACAAUUGUGCAUUGGCGUGGGCGCCUUCAUUUUAGGCAAUACAACCCCAACAAGACACACAAGUAUGGAAUCAAAGUGUACAAGUUGUGUUCUGGUGAAGCAUACACGUACAAUUGUAAAAUGUAUGCAGGUACAAAUGAUAUUACAGGGAAUGAAGGACAUGCACAGAAAAUAAUACUUCUGUUAGCUUCUGAUUUGUUGCUUCAGGGUCGCACUAUAUUUGCCGACAACUUCUAUAAUUCUGUUCCUCUCGCAGAAUUUCUUCUCCACAAAAGAACAUACUUAUGUGGCACCCUUCGUGCAGACAGGGUCAAUAAUCCAAAAGAGCUCGUCAAGAAAAAUAUCAAAAGAGGCGAAGUAUCUGCUCUUCAAAACGAAAGGGGAGUCAAAGUUAUACUCUGGAAAGAUAAAAGGCGUGUCCUCAUGAUUUCUACCCGUGCAGAAGACCAAGGGAUUUUAAAAGACACUGGUAGAAAAAAUAGCAAAGGACAACCUAUUUUAAAGCCGUCGGCAGUGCUGGCAUACAAUGGAGCCAAAAAGGGAGUUGAUGUUCCUGACCAGCUGUCGUCGUAUUAUACCCCUCUCAGAAAAACCAUUCGGUGGUACAUGAAAGUAGCAUUUGAGCUUCUUCUUGGCACAUGCGUGGUUAAUUCACUUGUAGUAUACAACCACGGUAAACCUAAAAAGGACCAUAUGGACAUGUUAGGCUUCCGGUUAGCACUUAUAAGUAAAAUGAUUGCUAGCCCAGUGACCAACAGAAUACAAACACCGGCUCUGCGUGCACCAGAUGGAGAAGUAAGAAGGCGGCCUUUGUUGACCCACAAACUAUCUCAGCGGGAAGGACCUGCCCGGACUUCUCGCAAAAGAUGUCUGCCGUGUUAUAGUGAACUGGCCGACAGACUUGGAACUAGUAAGGCGAGGAAGAAAGCAAGAAAAGUCACUACAUUUUGCAACGAUUGUCCUAAUUCUCCUUCUAUGUGUAUCUUAUGUUUUAACUCUAAGCACAAGUAA